CAUUGUAAAAGGCUUUUGUCCAAAAAUCACCACCUGAAAACCGCGUUUCUCUCUCUGGAUUUCUCUUCCAAUCAAAUCACUGUGAGCUCGCUCUGGGUUUUUCAGUUUGAUUUUUGUAACCCAGAAAAACACAAAAACAAUGCCUUUUAUUCAUGCAGAGCAAUGAAGAGACACCCAAUGUGUGGCCAUAUCUGCUUGACCUGAGGUUUCCCUCUCUUCAUCUUUCAACUGUGCCUUGUGCAUUUCCCUUUCCUUUGAAUGUGCUGAUGCUAAAUGGUUUCAUUUGGAUUGCUAUGGCUUCAGCAUUGGAGUUUUUGAAAUGUUGAGACCUAAACUAACAUGAGUCAGGCUGAAGUAUCAAGGAUGAAACCACCUCUUGUUCCACUUGCGACCUUGAUUGGUCGUGAGCUGAGGAAUGAGAAAGUUGAGAAGCCUUUUGUGAAGUUUGGACAGGCUGCUUUGGCCAAAAAAGGAGAAGAUUACUUUCUGGUUAAAUCUGAUUGUCAGAGGAUUCCUGGGAAUCCAGCAACAUCUUUUUCAGUGUUUGCGAUUUUUGAUGGGCAUAAUGGUAUAUCAGCUGCCAUUUUUGUGAAGGAGAACUUAUUGGGUAACAUCUUGAAUGCAAUUCCACAACGCAUCAGUAGGGAGGAGUGGCUUCAAGCCCUUCCUCGGGCUCUGGUUGCAGGUUUUGUGAAAACGGACAUUGAAUUUCAGCAGAGAGGAGAAACUUCUGGGACAACAGUUACAUUUGUUGUAAUUGAUGGAUGGACUGUCACUGUUGCAUCUGUUGGUGAUUCUCGGUGUAUAUUGGAUGACACCCAAGGGGGUGUAGUUUCUCUCCUGACUGUAGAUCACAGGCUAGAAGAGAAUGUAGAAGAAAGGGAGCGUGUCACUGCCAGUGGGGGUGAAGUAGGAAGACUUAAUGUUUUCGGGGGCAAUGAGGUUGGUCCCCUCCGUUGCUGGCCUGGUGGAUUAUGCCUCUCUAGGUCAAUUGGUGACACAGAUGUUGGAGAGUUUAUUGUCCCAAUACCGCAUGUUAAGCAAGUGAAGUUGUCAAACGCUGGAGGACGACUUAUUAUUGCUUCAGAUGGUAUUUGGGAUGCUUUAUCUUCAGACAUGGCUGCCAAGUCUUGUCGGGGUUUACCAGCGGACCUUGCAGCAAAGCUGGUUGUUAAGGAAGCUUUGAGGUCAAGGGGUCUGAAGGAUGAUACAACCUGCCUGGUUGUUGAUAUUAUUCCUUCUGACCAGCCUGUCCUACCUCCUACACCAAGGAAGAAGCAGAAUGCGCUGAGUUCUUUUCUUUUCGGUAAGAUAUCUCAAAAUUCUACAAACAAGACUACAAAUAAACUUUCUGCCGUUGGAGUUGUCGAGGAACUAUUUGAAGAGGGUUCUGCCAUGCUUGCUGAAAGGUUGGGUAAGGAUUUCCCCAUGAGUGCAAACUCGGGAAUCUUUAAAUGUGCAGUCUGUCAAAUUGAUCAACCUCCCGCAGAGGGUAUAACUGCGAACUCUGGGCCUUUUUUCUCACCUGCUUCCAAGCCCUGGGAAGGACCCUUUCUCUGCAACAAAUGUCGGAAAAAGAAAGAUGCCAUGGAAGGAAAAAGGCCAAGCAGACCCACAGUGGCCACAUAACAUCUCAUUCGAUAACAAAGUAAAUAUGGUGUUUUUUUUUUUUUUUUUUCUGGCUGUGUGAAAAUGGAUGGUUUCCCAUUACCUGUUGAUUGCAAUAGA